GUUAUCAUUAGCACAUAAGAUUUCCACAACUAAAAAUGGUCAAAUCUACCCAAUUCUGCCUUUUUGCGGUAUGUCUCAUUUCGGUUCUUAUUGCAAGCACUGAAAUCCAAAAGGGUGAAGCAGCUCUUAUAGGUCCAAUUAUAAGGGCUUUAAGUCGUCUGAAUUUCGAAAGAAUAUACAGUGCGGUACAACUCGAACAAAUGCUCCGUAAUUUACUACCAAAAUGUACCGUGUUAAGCAACAGUACUGAUCCCGUUAUUUGUCCAGAAAAUGACGAUGAUACUAACUGCGUACACCAGUGCAACAAAUUAACAGCAGACGACACUGUUAAUGGGACGUGCCUCGACUUCCCGGGGUUUAAGCCUCGUUGCUUCUGUUCAGAUUUACACCAUUGCUAUCGUAAUUGAUUCAAAUCGAAGAAUGAUCAUUCGUAUUGCUAAUAUAAUUUCUAUGAACUUAAGGAAUGUUAACCAUAUAUAUAUAUACCUAAUGAUCACCUAUUGUGUGUAUUUGAUUGUAAUGAAUUAUGGAUCGGUUUCUGCUAUAUCGAUAUGAUUUACAUUAUAUUAGCAGGUACGCUUUAUUGUAUGUAUAUGUAUUAUCAUUUUUUUUUUUCGAAUUCUUUACAUAAUUACAUGUAUAAUGUAGCAUAUACUUAUAUGAAUUGAAGAGUGUUUUUAUUAUGAAGAUACGGAGUA